CACUCAGUCUGUCUCCAAAGGGACGCAGCGCGGAGCAGCCAGGCGGCCAGUGUGCAUCCCAGGACACAACAUCUCUGUAGCUGGGGCUCAACUUUCAGCCGAACUUCGGACCAAUUUGGAAAGUGACGGAAAAAUGGGUUGCUUUGAGUGCUGCAUCAAAUGUUUAGGCGGGGUGCCAUAUGCGUCGCUGGUGGCCACGAUCCUGUGCUUCUCUGGUGUUGCCCUGUUCUGCGGCUGCGGCCAUGUGGCUCUCACCGGCACGGUGACCAUUUUGGAAAACCACUUCUCGAAGGUGACCAGUGACCAUGCCAUGCUGACCGAUGUAAUACAACUGAUGCAGUACGUCAUCUACGGCAUCGCCUCCUUUUUCUUCCUGUACGGGAUCAUUCUGCUGGCUGAGGGCUUCUACACGACCAGCGCUGUCAAGGAGCUGCACAGCGAGUUUAAGACCACCAUCUGCGGACGCUGCAUCAGCGGAAUGUUUGUGUUCCUCACAUACAUCCUGGGUGUGGCCUGGCUGGGUGUGUUUGGCUUCUCUGCCGUGCCAGUCUUCCUCUUCUACAACAUGUGGUCCACCUGUAAUGCCAUGAAGUCCUCCAUGGCCAACCUCACCAACAUUGAUACCAUCUGCGUAGAUGUUCGUCAGUACGGAAUUAUCCCAUGGAAUGCCACACCAGGCAAGGCUUGCGGGUCUACGCUAGGCGACAUCUGCAGCACCAGUGAGUUCUACCUGUCCUAUCACCUGUACAUUGUAGCGUGUGCUGGGGCGGGAGCCACCGUGAUCGCUCUGAUCCACUUCCUCAUGAUUCUGUCAGCAAACUGGGCCUACCUUAAGGAUGCCAGUCAUAUGCAUGCCUACCAAGACAUCAAAAUGAAGGAAGAGCGGGAGCUGCAGGACAUCACCUCACGCUCAAAGGAAUGUCUCAAUUCCUACACAUAAGGAAUGAAGGCUCGCGCUCGAAAUGCACACACACGCAAAGACACAUAGACACUACUGCCAACCACUGGCGAUCCCUCUGGACCAAGAGCGCGCUCAGCUCAGCUAUAAUAACCUGCCAACUGUCCUCACACUGUGCAGUACUAACCAGGCUCCUAACAAACUAAUGCAUCAGUGUUGCUUUCUGCACUAACUCACCAAGAUGUGUGUUGGAACCGCUACUUUGUGCUGCAUCUAUGCUGUUUUUUUUUUUUUUUUUUUUAUGUUUUAUUUUGUUUUCUGGAGAAAAUAGCAGUUUUGAGCUUUGAUCUUAAUUUGCUCUCGUUUUCUCUAGCCCUUUUUUUCAUAGCCAGUUUUUUUCGCUGGCAAAGCUUGAGACAUUGCACUAUUCUUAUACAAGUCGUAAAUGAUGAAAGUUUGUUUUACAGUCUUAUUCUGUAAUUCUUCUGACCUAUGGUGGCCAGUUUUAGAACAAGGGAAUGCAGAACAUUUUGUAAAUGAAGUGUUUUUUUUUUCUUUUCAAAUCAGAGAUGCAGUUUUAAUUAUAAUUUCCCAGCAUGACAUGUGCCGCCUUACUUACAAAGCCACAUGAGAGGUAUCGUGUCAUUCUGAAUAACAUGGCAGAUCCAUAAAUUUACACUGACUCAAGGCUAUGACACAUGUCACAUGAUGUUUUGCUUUGGCUUUCAAUUGACCGGUCACAGGGAGGUAAACAAUAUAAUGUGAACCACAUUGCAUUGAAAAAGAAGGGAUUAUUCUUGUUCUUAGUAAAGUGUUAUCCUCCUUCCUUUAAAACAUGCUAGGAUUCUUCAUACUUCAGCCUCUAUUUGCUUCUUUUUUCAAUUUUAGUGGUCAGCUGAGUUUAAGUAAUUGGAUCUAGAAUAAUCUGCAUCGCAUUUACUUUUGAACCAUAAAAGUGAUGCACAGCAUUCAUGGCCUGCACUAACACUACCUCAGGUGUACACUAGAGCCUAUGGAUCACAUUAACUGGAAAAAACAGACACCUCUCUCUCAUAAGAGCUAAACUGUCAUGGAUUAAAUAGUCCAUUUUAGUCCUCUUCAAACUAUGCCUCAAAUAGAAAUGGAAAAAGAGCGCACAUACCGGGAGCUCCUCUGCAUUACAGUUUCACAGUAGUUGUAUCAUGGCAAAUGUGAGUGGACCAAAACACACAAUCACAGAAAUACAUUUUCCAGCAUGAUGGCGUAACACUGCGUAAUCUUGCUUUUUAAAUGUGGUCUGCUGCCAAUCUAAAGAGAAAAGGGUGUUCAAUGCAACUGAAAAUUUUACAUGUUGAAAGUUUGUGCUCCUUUUGUAUUCAUUUAGACAAAUUACAAAUUACAAAAAAAAAAUAAAUAAAAAUAAAAAAACAAAAACAAAAAAAAACCCAAAACAAAACAGUGCUGAACAAUUUAGAGAGCUUCAGAUCCCUUGUAUUGUUCCAAAUUCCCAUUUGUGAUUGUUUAGCUUAUCUAUUCCAGUAUUCUGUACAUUAUGAUAACUACUCAACUUAGAAAAAUCUUAUGAAUUAAACUGUAAAAAAAAAAAAAAAAAAUCAACAACAAAAAACAAAACAAACAAAAGAACAAAAAAAACAAAAAAACUGCAUUUGUGUAUGUGCUUUGGUACCAUGGCAACUCCUAUAAAUGAAAUAGAUAUAAGAAGCACUGUUUAGAUGUGAACAACAUAAAUGUGUUAAAAGUCAGGAAUUUUACUGAUGUUUUAUUAUUGGAGACAAAACCACUCAAAAAGGACAUUGUUUUUUUUUUUUCUUUUUUUUUUUAAUUCUUCAUAAUUGCAAUGUGCAAUUGUUAUAAUACUGACAUAAUUACUCAUGUAAUCUUUUUUCUGUUAGACAAGAGUUACAGGAAUAUGUUGAUGUUUAUUUCUUUAUUGCAUGAAGGAAACUGUUUCUGCAGUCGUCGAAGUGAUGUACAGUCAUGUAUACUGACAUCAAUAGUAGGCAGUGUUUGCCUAUUUCCUUUUUUAUUCUCUAACUGAAUACAAAUUAAUCCAUUCUAUGACUAUAGCUGGAUAGUAGUAGGUGUUUUAUAGGUUUUCUUUUACUCAAGUGAAAACUAUAUGAAUCCUAUAGUAUUUUGUUACCUGAUAGUAACCCAUAUUUUCUAUAAGUGUCAAGGGCUUCCUCAUGAAUUACCGAUGCUUCACUCCUCACAGACUUUUAAAGUGAUUCCCCUUAGUUGCAACGCAAUGCAUUUCUAGAGCUGGAUAUGGCAAUCUAAGUGGUAGAUUCAGCCAAAGUAUAAAUAUGCCAUUGUAAGUCUCAUUUUGGCCAGUGUUUUAUAAACAAAUGUAUCUGAGAUAUUUUAGUACAGAACCUGCAAUGCACUGUGCAGGACUAAAAGCCACAGGUGUACAGUGGCCCAGCAUAAACAUGGCAGAUGUACAGUACACGCUGCUGUGUACCACAUCGCCUCAUGUUGUGUUGUCUGUUAAAUUAACCAAAAAGUUAAGAAUCAAGGCUCCUUGUUAAUCACCAGGAGGACAACAAUCCAGUACCCUGUCUGACUGGAAUCCCCUAUAUGACAUUACUCAACUGGCCUGUUGACUGUUUUUAUGAAUAAAACACAAAUAAAACAUCAACUCCA